AUGGCAUCAGAAGACCAGGCUAUUCUUGAACGAAUUAGUCGCAUAGCUGGUCAAAUAAAUCAACAUAAAAAUCACCAGUCAACAGAUCAGUAUAAUCAAGCACAUUCCCCUGCAUCAACAAACAGCCUCCAUCCACAACCAAGCAAACGAGGAGGCCAUGGAGCUUAUGCGUAUCACCCUUACGCAAACAACAGCUGGAGAGGUAGUCGAGGUAGCCACAGAGGCGCAUACUCUGCCAGAGGAUACCGAGGUGCGCGAGGAGGCGGCGUCGGCAUUGUGCGGCAUCGUACCCUUGUGUUAAAUGGCGGUACUCCCGCUUCACCAUCACAACCUGAUUCAUCGAACGUAACUCCAUCUACGGAUGAGAACGAGCGAUCUUCCUCUGCUUGUUACAUCACAAAAACCGACCGCCAUCUCCAGUUGAUCAACAAAUCAUACUUUGAGAAGGAUAGUCAAAUUCGAGUCAAAGCGAUCGAGGAAACCAGGAGACAAAAACUGAAGCAAAGGGAUGAAAGGGAGAAGUUGAAGCUUAGUAGACACUUGCAGCGUCUGGGUGCGAACUUUGACUCUUCCAAAAUGCAGCCUACAGGAACAAGCAAUUAUGAAGUUACUGUCAAUGGAAUUCGGUUUAUGGUCACAAAGAAUGGUAGCAAACUCGUCAAAGCCUCCGGUGACCUCACUUCCGCCAAUGCUACGCCCAAGACUGCUUUAAUCGGUGGUGUCAAAUUUUAUAGAAGCAAAAACGGAAACAUGUAUCGAGAAGGGAUAAUCAAAGCCACUAGGACACCGAAUUGCUUGCAUUUUGCCAAGGGCAAUUGUUCGAACCCGGAUUGUCGUUAUACCCACGUUCGUGUUUCGCCGACAGCAUUGGUUUGCCAUUCCUUUGGAAUAUAUGGAUACUGCGAUAAGGGAAUUACUUGCACAGAGCGACAUAUCCACGAGUGCCCGGAUUUCAGUAACACAGGUACCUGCACUACGAAAGGUUGCAAACUUCCCCACCGCAUCAAAGCUAGUGUUAUUCGUAGGAAUGCGGCUGCUGGCGAUUCCUCUCCAGGAGACCAAUCGAGUGAUGUUUCAAGCGAUGAAGAAGAUGAGAUAGGCAGCGAUGACGUGGAUUCAGAUGUCAUCGAUGAGGAAUUCUUCGGCGAUGAAGAUGGAGAAAUGGAACCUGGGGUUCUUGCGCAGCAGGAUUAUGUGCAAUUUUCCUAA